CUUAAACGUUUCAUUUUAUUUUACAGCCUCACUUCCUGAUAAUGUGACUCAAAAGGAGAACAUUACCAAUCAGAACAGUAUUGAAAGUGACUCUUUAUAUCCACUCCAUAACACCAGGAUCACAGGGACAGCCAAUGAGGGGGGAACAAGAAAUGAGUGUGUUAUCAAAGCCAUUAAAUGUUCGGAGAAAACACUAAAAAUGAAAAGCACUUUUGGAGCGUGGAUGUCAGAUGCGUCGCGGCAGGAUGAUGGUCGAUAUUGGCUGGCCGAUCACUUUUCAGGUCGAAUUUUGGCCGAAUUUCAGAACAUUUCAACCUUUCAGAGCACAAGCAACAAAACUAUAGAUGUGCGAAAAUUCUAUCAGGGAUGUGGUCAUGUUGUUUACAAAGGUGUUUUUUACUACCACAAUGGUGGCACAAACAAACUUAAAAGAUUAGAUCUGAACACUGGGAAAAGAGACUCUUUGACCAUGGGAAACAGCAGAUUUAACAACCUGACUUAUCUUUUCUGCAACUCAAAGACGUACUUCAAGUUUGCUGUGGAUGAAAAUGGACUUUGGGUCAUUUUUGCAUCGCAUACAGAUGAUAUUGUGAUGGUAGCGAAGCUCAACUCUGACUCAUUCUCUGUGGAGUAUGUCAUUAACACAGCCUACCCUAUGACCAAAGCAGGAAAUGCUUUCAUUAUUUGUGGUGUGCUGUAUUUUACGGAUGACAAAGACAGGAGAGUGACACAUGCCUUUGAUUUAAAGAAAAAGAUUCCUCUUGAUGCAAGUUUUGAUUUACGGCCAGAUACAGGCAUCUUGGCGAUGCUGUCAUACUAUCCCAACAAAAGGCUUUUAUACAUGUGGGAGAACAGCAAUGUGAAAACCUGCAGGGUCAAACUCAGAGUGACCUAAAAUUACCCAAAAACAAUCUUGUAAAAUUAGCAUUAAAAUGAUUUUUGAAACCUCUUACAGAAGUUACUGCAUUUUAUAUUUUUUGGAAUUACUGUGUGAUGAUCUAUUGAGUACCGAGUAAUGACCACAUGGUUUGAUAUGAAGAAAUGCAUGGCUUACACCUUGCAUCACACAAACAGGGGACAAUUAUUUUUUGAGGUUUAUGGAGUUGCAACUGAUUUUGCCAAAAAAAGAAAGAUUCUGUUCUUAUUAUGGGUGUAUAACAAAGUAAUUUGCCAAAUUUUGCUCUCACGUAUAAGCAUAUUAUUUGUGGUAAUUAGUACAUAUGGUAUGUACAAAACCAAAACAAAUGAACAAAAAAGGAGCAAAGGGUUUUAGCAGAGUGACAUAAGGUAGCACAGGUUCCAUGUUUCAAUGUUUGCCACGGUAAAUAUUAAAAUAAUUAAAAAUAAUUAAAAAUAUUAAAGAAAUGUGUUUGUCUUAUGUUAAUCUGAGUUGGUUGUUUUUGCUGAUCUAUACUGUCACUGUGUGUCACACUCUGACAAAAGUUAACAGGGUCACUUGAGAUGGUUCAGAUAACAUGGUUAACCUGGCUGCAUUAAAGUAAUAUUAUGAUCAUUCAUACUAGAUGGUUAUUUAUUUUAUUUUAAUUAAUAAUCCACAGACUUACAGUGGGGAAAAA